AUGGCAAGUGUUGGCGUCCAGACGGCUCCCGGAGCAGCACUCGACGUCUUUUCCAAGACAGCCGCUCAAGUCGAUGUGAGAGAACUUAGCCCAGGGUUUGCCGAUCGAUAUCUAGUACAGUCGCCGUACACUGAGCAAGAGCAUUUGCUUGACCUUGAGACUCUCGACAACGAAAACGCUCUCCUUGCAAAGGCGCUGGGUCAACUCCAGGUUCUUCGCAACGAUUACGCAACAGCACUUUACACAGAAUCCUUCAACUGGGAGCAAGUCAUUGACGAAGUGAAACGUCUCGCUAUCGAGUCUGGUAAAGGCUUCAAGGAGACGUCAUUUUAUAUCGUGGCUUUCCGGUCACGAAUUAAGAAAACAACCGAAUAUGCUGACCUUGGCCGCCUCGACAAAGGGGCACACGCUGAGGCUGUGGCGAGCGGUGGUUUCCUGAAGUACUGGUUCGGAGAGCCUGACUCAGAGCUGGCCAACUUGGCGACUUGCAUAUGGCGGUCCCGAGAAGAUGCUAAGAAGGGUGGUACAGGCCCUGCUCAUCGAAAAGCUGCGGGAGCGACUCGUUCCAUGUAUGCGUUCUGGCAGAUUGAUCAGCACAGACUUAUCAUUCGAGAGAACGUCGAGGGCUGGGAGAUCAUUCCCUGGCAGGAUUAA